UCAUGGCAGGUGGAGUCCAAGACCUUGGCGAUGUCCCGUAGCCUGUCGCAGCAGCUGCAAGUUACGUACCUGAACCUCUUAUCCAACGUCAGAGGCCUCCCCACACGUCUCCAGGAAAAGAUGCAGGAAGUGCAUCAGAACAUGGCGGAGCUGCACGGGUACUUCUCCUCGGCCAACUCCUUCCAGGAUUUGUCCGGCAACAUCCUAAGCCAGAGCCGGGAGAAGGUGGCCAAAGCUUGGGAGGCCUUGGAUGAAGUGAUGGAUUUUCUGUUGCAGAACCCUCCUGUAACGUGGCUUGUGGAAUCCUUGGUUUCCCUGGAAGGGGAGCUGCUGGAGACAGAGGAGAAGCCAGAUAUACUGAAAGUCUUGAAACACUACGAGCCACAGGACUGCAAAGAUGACUAG